UCCAUCUCUAACUUUUCUAACUUUUAAUGAAGGGUGAAACAUUAACCCGUGUUUGCUCUCUGCACUUGCUGAGCAGCUCCAGCAGUCUCUGUCUUCAUUUUCGGGCCGGUAUUUCCCUUUCGGGCCAGUGUUUGUGCAUCAGGCUGGGGGUCGGGCUCCUACUCCUGCUCCGGGACUGUUUCCUCACACACCAUCGCUGUUGACACCCGGAGUGAAUGGACGUUAAAUCUCCGACUGCCAGUUGCAUUCCCCAGACUGGAGCAGAAGGGACUCCGGUCACCCCGACUCCCAAGGGACCUCUAACCCGGGAGGCGCUGACCCGGAAGCUGCGCUCUGCGUCUCGUCUCCGUGGUAACCCGGCGGCGCCGCGGCCUGGGGCCAUUGCGGCCGAUGUUGCCUCAGGAAAUCAGCGCGUCCCCCGGAGCCGGAGGAGGAGGGUCGGACCCCCGCACGUCUGCCACAGAUUUAUGAAGUUAUCUCACCUCACUUUCUCAACAUGUCACGAGUAGCUCCCUUGAGAAGAACUGUAACUGACUUAGUUAAUAGGAAUCAAGAUCAGGCACUCAAUACAACUAUAUAUAUUUUGAGAGAAUUAGGCCCUGUUGGAUUUCUUCUUAAAGAAGAAGGCAUAGCUAAAUGCUUUAAAGUAAAUAUAGGAAAUCCUCACAAUUGCAGCUGUUCCACAUUUCUCAAAGAAAAUGACCUCUGCAAACACAUCUGCUGGGUUUUGUUAAAGAAGUUCAGACUACCACGUGAUCAUGAAUGUGCCUUCCAACUUGGCCUUGUGGACCGAGAAAUUGAAAUAUUACUGAACAAUCUUCACACAGACGAAACAAUACAGCUUCCCAAUAGAAAUUCUAAGAUAAAGCAGAAUGUUGAAGAAGCAGUUGGAGUAGUGCUUCAGAAGGAAAUUUAUCCUGAGGAUGUCUGUCCUAUUUGCCAGGAAGAGCUAUUGAAAACGAAACAGCCUGUGACAUAUUGCAGAUACACCUGUGGCAACAGUGUCCAUAUCAAAUGCAUGAAAAUUUGGAUAGAACACCAAACAAAGACUGAGAAUGAAACCACCAUUAAGUGUCCUCUGUGCAGGGAGGAAUUUGCACCACUGAGUCUCCUUCAAGAAGAAUUUAGAAACACCACUAAAUUUACCAUGGCAGCAGAAAGAGAAAGACUUGACAGACACCUUGGAAUUCCUUGUAAUAAAUGUGGGAUUUGUCCAAUUCAGGGCAAAUGCUAUAGAUGUUUGAGCUGCCCUGAUUUUCACCUUUGUCAAGAGUGUUUUCCAUGUCUGAGCCACCCACAGCACGAGUUCACUUUUCGGGAGAAGAGAAAUCAACGAUGGAGACCACUACAGAAAGUUUCCAGUGUGCCUUUACCACUAGCAGUAAUCGAUGAUCUGAUGAAUAGAGAUAUUGUUGCCAGUGAUUAUGAUCUACUUCUGCAGUUAGACAGAAAUAAAUCUAGCACUGUGCCCGGACAUAUAGUACAGACUUUACCCACGAUAAUGGUGAAGGAGCGAAGCAAACUGCUUCUGCCUGGUCAGCAGUGCAGAGUCUGUCUAAAAGCAUUCAGAUUAAGGCAGGAAGUUCGAUGUCUGCCUUGUCAUCACAAGUUUCAUAAAGAAUGCAUCGACCAUUGGCUAUUGCAUGAGAGCAACUCUUGUCCAAUUGAUGGUCAAGUAAUCUAUAAUCCAUUAACUUGGAACGAAGGACCAAGCAGAAGCAAAAAGAAAGAUUCAGCUACCAGUUCAGAGCAUUCCAGGCCUCUAACCCAAAUUGAUCAACCUCAACUUCUCAUUCCAGUAAUUGGUUAUAGUCCUUCACCAAAAAAAACAAGCAGCAACCAAGCCCAUAGUCAGCAAAAACAAGGUCACUUUCAAAGAGGACAUGGGACUCAGAAUGCAGUAGGUUUCACAGAGGACUUCACUGUGAAUGGUUUGAGUUACCUUCAUUUCAAGGAUGUAAAGAAUGAAAAACAUUUUGCUGCUGGAAUGCUUCAGGAACCUUAUUUUCCAAGUCUUUUACCUGAUAUACUUGAUACAAGAAAUAAAAAUCAUUCAAUUCCAGUUGCAGUGAAAUCAAAAAAUUUCAGCAGCAGUCAAAUAAAGAAGAGGGAGAUAGGCAUUAGUAGGACUCAUUGUACUGGUCCGAGAAGUGCUCCUUUACUGCAUCCAAACAGCGGUGGCAAGUCAGACUCAACAGAAUUAUCAUCGCCAGAGAAGAUUCUACACCUGGAAGUUUGUCCCCUUGAAAGCAGCAACACACGGAAGAUCCAAAGCAGUGGCUUUAAAGGUGACAUCAGAAAGCAAGGUGGAGUCCUUUCAAGAACAGUCAGGUAUCCUCCUGUGAGUUCAGCAGCCGACAAAGUGACUCUUGUUAUGGAGGGAAUCUCAGUAAACACCAGGCUAUAAUCCAUUCACCCAUUUUAAGUGCAAGUUUAUUAAUACUUAUAAAAUUAUUAGGAAAGUUUACUAGAAAAUGUUUUAGAUCACCAAAUUACCAGUAAUACCAUUACAUAAAACUAUGAACAAAUUACAGACAGUUUUACAAAUUCACAGACACUGUAGGAGCCUCUUAAGUUACACAGAUCUGUGAAAUUUAUCUCAAUAGAGUAUUUUAAAUGAUGACAUUCACCUGUCUUUACAAAGUCUGGUUGUCCACAGAUGAUGGUCAACUAUAAAUCUGAUGGAUACAAGAGUUUAAAUAAAUGAGUGCAGAUAUUUACAGUGCAUCCCUUAAUUUUUGUUGUUUAGGAAUUAUAUUCUUUCUUAUGGGUGGAAGUGUAACUUGAUUGGCUUUCUUUUACUUUGAAUCAGGUGAACAUGGGUAACUCAUUCUGAGGUUUCUAAUGAGCAAUGUAUUUUUCAUGAAAUAAAAAAAGUUAACAGUUAAAGAAAUUAAGAUUUUAAAAUCUUCCUAACUUCUGCAUUUUCUUCAGAUGCAUCAGCCUGAUCUUCAACAACUACUGUAUCAUGUAUUAAUUAGUUAAUAAUGAAGGUGAGAGGUGUGAAAUUGUGCAUUUAAAAUGAAGUGAUAAGUAAUAUGUGUAAGUACAUAUAAAAUCUUUUAUUAAAAUAAAUCAACAGUGAUUUUAUGCAAUUGUUCAAUUAUAACAAUGUACGCAAAUCAGCAGGUUGAAAAUAAUUAGUGUAAGGUAAUUAUUAAAACUCAAGUGUCGAGAUG